CUCAGUCAUACAAACUUUUUGAGCGCCACAAACUUUUCUGGGCAUCUACGAAGUACACGGCGAGCUUCUUCCGGUUUUCCCCAUUUCCUCUUAGACCCUCAAAACUCUUUCCUACUUCAUGCCGGCGAUUUUACUCAGUCUUGCAACAAAAAUGGAGGCGUGAUCGUUGUUCGACUCAGUAAACUGAAUCCGCCCGGCGUUUUGGUCCAGGGGAUGCCGUCGGGGUGUAGGAUGCCGACGUGGCGAGAGCGGGAGAACAACAAACGGCGAGAGCGGCGGCGGAGGGCCAUUGCGGCCAAAAUAUUCGCCGGACUCAGACUGUACGGAAACUACCGCCUCCCCAAGCACUGCGACAACAACGAGGUCCUCAAAGCCCUCUGCCACGAGGCCGGCUGGACCGUCGAGCCCGACGGAACCACCUAUCGGAAGGGAUGUAAACCUGUGGAGAAAAGCAUGGAUUUCAUAGGGUGCUCUAUACUGCCUAGCCCAUGUUCCUCUUACCAGCCAAGCCCAUGCACCUCUUACAACCCAAGCCCAUCCUCCUCCUCCUUCCACAGUAGCCCAGCUUCUUCCUCUUAUCAUCAUGCACCCCCUAAUUACAAUGUCAAUCUUGAAGGGAAUAGUUCCCUUAUCCCAUGGCUCAAAAACCUCUCCUCCUCCUCCUCCUCCAAGUUUCCUCACUACUACUUCCAUGGAGGAGGAGGCUCCAUUAGUGCUCCCAUCACCCCUCCCACAAGCUCCCCAACAUCCCGGACCCCGACACGCUAUAAUUAUUACUCAAAUUUCGUCCCUUCUCCGUCUCUGAUACAUUCUCCAACUCACUCUCUCCUCUCCCACAACCCGACCGGCUCCACGGCCCGCCCCUUCCGGCCCCGCGUCUCGACUCCCGGACAGAUGAGCAGGACGUGUUCGCCCGUCGUCGUUACUUGCUCCGACGUUCCGAUGGGUGACGUCGUGCGGGACGAGUCAGUGUUUGGGACGACGAUGGGGUUGGUGAAGCCGUGGGAAGGGGAGAGGAUUCACGAGGAGUGCGGUCCGGAUGAGCUCGAGCUUACUCUUGGCAGCUCUAAGACCAGGUGAAGGAUGCCAACAGAAACUGAAGUUCUAUUGAUGGUGGGGGUAUGGUAGGUAAAUCAAAAUGACGCCAGCUUCUUACAGACAUACAUAGACAUAUUUCAUGGUCUGUUAAGUUGUACGAAUUCUUAUAAGAAAUAUUUAAGUAAAUU